AUGAAUGUUGUGUCAUCUAUAGCUCUACUCAUCUUACUUAUCACCCCAGCGACUGUUCUAUCGAAAUCUCAAAAAUGUGAGGAAUGCGAAGUAUCUGUUGAAUUAAUUCAUAGAGAUUGGGGUGAAAAUGUUACGGAAGAAUGCACAGCUGAGUUAGCCAUUUGGGUUUGUGAAGCAUUCAAAAUAGAAGAUAACUUCAUAUGUGAUGGUAUAAUAGAAAACAUUAAGGAUGAGUUCAUGUAUGUGGUCGGGAAGAUCAUAGUAGAGCCUAAUCAAGUCUGCAGCUUACUGAUUGAAGAUUGUGGAACUUUCUUUGACCCCUUAAACGUGACAUGGAGGUUACCUAUGCCCCCCAACAAGCCUACCCCUGUUCCCAAAGAGACUGUUCUACCUGGAAAUCCUACAUUAACAGUUCUUCACCUCACUGAUUUACAUUUGGACAUGUAUUAUACUAUCGGAGAAGAAGCAGAUUGCGCAACCCCUCAGUGUUGCAGACCUCAAAAUUCCCCUUAUGAGCUGAACCAGGCCGACUCCAUCAAGCAGCCAGCAGGCAAAUGGGGUACAGUUGGAAAUUGUGACGCACCUUACUGGCUACUGACUAACAUGUUGAAAGAUAUAAAGUCGACAUACCCUAAGAUUGAUUACAUUAUGGUGACAGGGGAUAUAAUGUCUCAUGCUGAUUGGAACUACACUCCUGAAACCCACGCAGCUAUGAUCAGAAACGUUUCAGCUACAAUCAAAUCAUUUUUCCCAGGCUUGAAUGUCUUCUUCUCGGUUGGAAAUCAUGAAGGAGUUCCCAUUGAUAACAUUGCACCUCAUUCCGUGCCCAAGAAGUACCAUAUGGACUGGCUAUUUGAGGCUAUCGCCGAUAGCUUUGAAACCUUCUUGCCAAACGAUCAGAUGAAGAUGGUCAAGUACAACGGUUGUUAUAUGAUGAAUCUGUAUCCAGGUUUUCGUAUAAUUUCAUUGAAUAACGUAUAUGGUGAUCAAAUGAAUUUCUGGCUAUACAUUAAUCAAACGGAUCCCGAUGGAACCAUGCAAUGGCUGAUUAACCAAUUGUCAGAUGCUGAACGGGCUGGAGAUAAAGUCCAUAUUCUAUCGCAUAUUCCCGGCAGUAAUCAUGAAUCUCUUGAAGGUUGGGCUCUCAACUAUUAUAAUGUCGUCAAUCGAUUCGAGAACACAAUUGUCGGCCAAUUCUUUGGACAUGUGCAUUCAGAGGAAUUCUAUAUGAUUUAUGAAGACGCGGAAAAUUCAAAAUCUCGUCCGACUGGUGUUGUUUAUGCAGCUCCUUCCCUCACAACAUACUCGGAAUAUUAUCCCGCUUAUCGUGUGUACACCAUAGAUGGGCGUCAUACAAACACUACAUAUCAAGUCAUUGACUUCAACGAAAGAUUCCUGAAUCUUACCAAAGCAAAUAGUAGUCCUGGAGAUCCCGUUUGGGAGUACUUAUACGAAAGUGUAAACUCUGAAUAUGGCUUAAAUGACCAGACGCCUUCUGAAUGGAAUCAUCUCAUUGAGAGGAUGAAGGCGGACAACACUUUGUUUAAUAAAUAUCGCAGAAACUUUUAUCGACGAAACAAUUUCGAUGGAGUUGGUCCCUGUGAUGAGGACUGCAAGAAGGAUUGGUUAUGUAGCGCGCGCCAGUUCCACCACAGUGCGGCCCUAUGUUCUGAUCUAGGUAAUGUUGAAGUGUGA